AUUAGAGAAAAAGUUUUGACCAUACACAAUAUACAUAUGUGUUAUCAUUCGUGGAUAUAAUAAAACUGUCUUUUAGGGAGUAGUAAAGUAAAGUGAACAAAUAAUAGCUCUUAUUAUAAUUGAGUACUCUAACAACAGGUGUGUUGUAUCAGUUAACAAUAGGAUCGACAGGGAUACAGAAAUAAAAACAUGUAUACAGUGUCAAAGGGGCCCAGCAAAAUUGUUGCCAAGACACGUCGGGGAAUUAAUCAAAAAUUAGAAAGAUUAGACAAUUUUCGGGACUUAUCCCGAAAAAGUGAUCCCGAAGAAGAUGGUUCUGAAGAAGAUAAAAUUAUUCGGAAUAUUCCCAAACCAGUUUUUUAUACAAGCAGUAAGUUGAAACCAAGUUUACAAAGGCAUCGCACAAGACAAGAAGUUAUUACACCACAACAUGAAGAAUUAAUUAAGUUUGUUUAUGAAUCAUGGAAUCAAAUAAAUGCCAGACAGAGAUGUUUAUCCUCGGAUGAUUCAGAUCCUUAUGAGUCUUCUUCUAACGAAACUAUAGUUUACUACAAUGAUGGAGAGCCAAAUAAUGUUUUACAAGAUUUCAAGCCAUUCGAUCUAGAAUCUUGGUGGGGUAAAAGAUUAUUUAAUAACAUUACUAAAUCUUUGUGAGUACUAAGGACUUAUUAAAACUUUGGAAUAUGAUAUCUUCAUGUUGAAAAGAUUGUAUCCGAUGGAUAUAUGAUGUGCAUUUUACUUUGUGCUUUCACACCUUUAUUACAAUAGAAAAUAUGUAAAUUAUAAAGAAAAGAAUUACAAAAAAAUAAAUAAAAGCAACUUUUGCACUCAACAGUUUACAUAUUGCACAUGUUACAAGAAGCAACUGAGUAAACGAUAGUAUAAAAUAUAAAAAUGAAGAAAAAAUAAAAUAAAGAAUGUGAUUUGUGUGUAUCCUAUAGAACAUUGGAUACAAAUAUUAAUAAUGAACACUUGGACUUUUAAUACUAAAGAGGGGAAAAUUUUGAAAAAAGUGUAUAAUUAUACAUGUAAUUGGUUAACAAAUAAAAUGCCACUCAGAAGUAUGCACGUGUUCAAAUGCAUCAUGUGUAAACUCAUAUUUUAUUUGAUGCAUUUCAAACAAGAAAUAAUUUGUAUUUAAGUUGAUUCUGGAGUUCUGUAUUACCAAUGCCCUUGCAAGUUUUAUAUUUUAAUUUAAAUAUUUGUAUUUUAAUAACAAUGCAUUAUUUUUACUAUUCAUCAAUAAAAACAGUUUGAACUUGCUAAAAUUAAUGGUUACAUUAAAUAUUUUAAAUAUAGCUAAAUAAUGAAAAUGUUUCUAUAGAACAAAUAUUUCUUAAAUAAAACAAAAAAAAUGUUUCUAUUGCAAAAGUUAAUUACUACUACAGGUAGAAUAGUAAAUAAGCUUGCAGAAGUCUCUUAAUGCAAAUUUAUUAGACUGAUACAUUUAAGAUUCUUCUAUUUGCAUAAAAUGCACUCAACUUUACAUAUACACUAGUAAAAACUUUAUCUGUGAAUGCUAAUUUUUAGAUUUUUACUUAGAUCUUUAGAUAACAACAAAAUUACAAAUAUGAAUACAAAUAUGAAACUAGUGCCACUGUUAAUUCAUUUUGUCCUCUGAUACAAUCAUUGAUUUUUGUCCCUCUGUACUUUCAUGCACUUAUAUAAUCCCUAUAUAUUCCUGGACAAAGUUUAAAACAAUGGAGUGUAGUCAAAGAGUAGUGCAAUGUGUAAAUACAUUUAGCAUAAUGAAGCUAAAUGUUUCUAGAUGUUUAAAGAAUAUACAUAUCUUUACAUAA